AGAAGUAUUAUAAAUAUGACUAAAUUUUUUUUUUCCUUAUUUUUGAAUGGUCAGAAGUUCUCAAAUUCUGCCGCUUACUGCAGUUGUGCAACUGCAUAUUCUUCAUGUGCUUUCCUUUGCCAUUGCUUUGUCUUCAUAAGUUUAGAUGCCCUGGUGGUUAGAGUACAUUUUAGUAGCUUCAUUGUUAAAGAUGGACAUAUUCUCAUAGUUUUGUAUGAAAUUAUUUCUCUAAGCAGGGCUGUGGUGCCUAUAAUUCAGGGUUAUGAAGAUGCUGGGGACUUCACUGUGGCAGAAAGAUUGAAGACUAGUGUACAUGUAAACUUAGUCUUCUACCUGUGUGUCGGUUCUAUUGGACUUUUUGGACUUAUACUGCUCAUUAUUUUGCGCAAAUACAGGAAUGUUACUAUUCUUGGUUUUGCGAUGGCUUGUUCAAAUACUUUUGGGCUCGUAACUGGUGCAUUUCUUCUUGGCUUUGGUUUGAGUGAGAUUCCAAAGGGUAUCUGGAAAAAUGUUGAUUGGACUUUUCGUCAAAAGGUUCUUUCUCAAAAAGUGGCUAAAAUGGCUGUGAAACUUGAUGAUGCUCAUCAAGAAUUUUCAAAUGCAAUUGUAGUUGCUCAAGCAACAUCAAAGCAAAUGUCUAAGCGUGAUCCUUUGAGACCCUACAUGAAUGUUAUUGAUAACAUGUUGCUUCAGAUGUUUAGCGAAGAUCCAUCUUUCAAACCACAAGGUGGAAGAUUUGGAGAAAAUGAUAUGGAUUAUGACACGGAUGAAAAAUCAAUGGCGGCUCUUAGGCUUCAAAUUAAAAGAGCUCGAGAGGAGUAUUACCGGUGCAAAAGUGAAUAUAUGAAUUUUGUGAUGGAAGCCCUCGAACUGGAGGACACUAUAAAGAAUUACGAUCGUCGCCAUGCCACUGGAUGGAAAUUCAUUUCAAGCUUUAGGCCUGAGCGAGCAGGCGCACUAGGAUCCUUUCUUGAUAUGAUUGAGUUGGUCUACCGGUGUAUUCUAAGGAAGCAACUUGAGAAAGUCUUGGCUGUGAUACUUGGUUGCAUGUCAGCUGCAAUUCUGUUGGCUGAGGCUACUAUACUUCCAAGUGGAGUUGAUUUGUCUCUAUUCUCUAUACUGAUAAAUGCUGUAGGAAAGCAAGAGGUACUAGUGCAGGUGGCUGCCUUCAUUCCUCUGAUGUACAUGUGUGUGUGCACAUACUAUUCCUUAUUCAAAAUUGGAAUGUUGACAUUCUAUUCAUUCACUCCAAGGCAAACAAGUUCAGUCAGUUUGCUUAUGAUAUGCUCGAUGGUCGCGCGAUAUGCACCUCCGAUUUCCUACAACUUUCUCAAUCUUAUUCGUCUUGGUGAGAAGGAUGAGGAUAAAAAAACUAUCUUUGAAAAGAGAAUGGGGAAUAUUGAUCAAGCUGUCCCUUUCUUUGGAAAUGGAUUUAAUAAAAUCUACCCACUUAUCAUGGUUAUAUACACCAUAAUGAUUGCGAGCAAUUUUUUUGAUCGGAUCAUUGAUUAUUUUGGAAACUGGAAGAUAUUCAGAUUUCAAAGUGAAGCUGAUGAUAUAGAUGACGGAUUCGAUCCAUCAGGAUUGAUGAUUUUGCAGAAAGAACGUUCUUGGCUUGAUCAAGGUCAUAAAGUUGGUGAACUUGUUAUUCCAUUAGCAAGGAAUUUCAACGACAUAAAUAUGGAUCUUGAGUCUAGCAGCAAUAACAAGGUUGCCGUUGACACAAAAACAACAACCAGUUUGAUCGAGGAUGGGCAGAGAGAUUACUUAAUACUUUCAAGAGGAGAGGCCCAUCAUCAAACCAGCAGAGAAUCCAUUGCCAGAAAGUACGUAGCUGUAAGAGCACAACAGAGCAAACAACCGAUCACACAAAAUUUGACAGAGAAGAGCAGAAGAGCAUCCUUCAAUGCUACUUUCCCUGAUGCAGGCAGCUCCCAGAAUACAACAGCCGGACCAUCUUCCAGAUUAUCCUCAACCUGGGAAUCUAUGAAGACUGGUCUCCAAAAUCUGAAGUCUAAUAUGGGUGCCAAGAAAUUCCUUCCCUUGCGCGAAAUUCAAGAUACAAAACACUCCCUGGUUUCCUCAUCUGAAUCCCUCGAUGACAUAUUCCAGAGAUUAAACCAGCCUAAUAUGAACCAUAGAAGUUAUGGUGGUGGUGAUGAUUAUGACGAUGAACUUGAUGAUCAUUCAAUUAAUGUCAGGAAGCUCAGGAGCAUUGGGUGAUACAUAACCAAAGGUGCAUUCUUCAGGAGUCUUGGCAUACAUGAAAGGUAUACAUACAUGUAUUAUACCAGUAUACAUGAAAAUACAAAAUGUAAGCUUGUAACUUUUACUGUGGAUGUUAGUGACUACAACGGAAGAUGAUAGUUCUCAAUGAAUACAAAAUUUUUCCCCCUCUUCAAAAAGUUGAACUUCAUCUUGUGCAAUUUAUCAUGAAAUUCAAUUCAAAUUCAAUUCAUUGUUUUGAGUUUCCAAGUAA